CCGAGGCCUUUUCACAGUCAAGACACGCCUAUUUUAUAGUAAAAAAAACACGACGUAACAUAACAGAAUAAAAUAGAACAGAAUAGUGUGAAGUGGUUAGCAUUUUUCAGGAUUAGAAAACACAAUCUGUCUUCUUUUCAAUAAAACAGACAUUAGAUGUAGUUUAUUUUGCCUGUUCCUUGGUAUUUACUAAAUGGAUUAAACAAUUCUACAUUGAACACUGCAUGGCGAUGAAUUACGGCCAUGAAAUCUGUUUGUUUUAGCAGGAUGCCAAAGACAUGUCCUGAUGGUUGGUGGUCCAGCAUAUACAAGUGUCUCUCAGACUGCACCCAGACAUCUCCCUGUUAGGACCUAUGCUGCCGCGAAGGCCUUUAAAAAGGAAAAACGAGAUGACAAAGAGAGAAAUAAGAUACCGGUCGUUGACAACACAGGUCGUCACAAACCGUAUGGGCUGACCGCUUGGGCGCCGGUGGAUGAUGUGUACGUAACCCGCUUCUACCCCAAGCCUGUACACGAGACCGCAGUGGCCGUGGAUCUGCUAAAGAGCUUCCAGAUGCUGGACUAUACUCCUCUGGACCAGCCUGUUUAUAUCAAUCUGAAACUGGACAUGAAGCUGGAGAAAAAGAAAAAAGUGGAUCCCUUUGUCAGUACAGUUCAUUUACCAUACUUGUUCAAGACAGAAGUCAACAAAGUUGCUGUUUUUACAGAGAAUCCUGAUCAAGCCAAAGUAGCCAAGGAGAACGGAGCAGCAUUUGUGGGAGGAGCCGACCUUGUGCAGAGAAUCUUAGAUGAUGAAGUGGAUGCAGACUUCUACGUAGCGGUACCAGACAUCAUCUCCAAACUACUGCCUCUGAAGAACAAACUACGCAAGAAGUUCCCCAAGAACAAGAGAGGGUCGGUUGGAGUCGACAUUCCCAAGAUGCUGGAGUUGUUUAAGACUGGCCAUGAGUACAUAGUGGAGAAGGACACUGUCAUGACUAGAGUAGGCACGCUGGACAUGCCCAAGCAGCAGCUCAUAGCCAACAUACAGACUGUUGUUCAAGAUGUCUGUUCCCACCGGCCCGCUAGCUUAGGUCAUUUCAUAGAGCGAGCGAUCGUCAGCUGUCAGACGAGUGAAGCCCUGCUCUUUAAGAGUGAAGAACUCGUACAGAAAGUGACAGUGAAAAAGGACGCUUGAUGGAUCUUGUGAUUUUAUGUAUUGUGUAUAAUGUAUUGAAUAAAGUAUGAAGAUAUUGUGGAUUUACUGA